AUGACGAACAUAAUUGAAAGAAGCAGACUGGCCGACUUCCAAGACCUGCUCAACGGCAUUUUCCCAGACAUUCAGUUCACAAGGGAAGAAGAGCAUGCCGAACAGCUGCCUUUCCUUGACGUUCUCAUCACACGCACACCCAACGGCGAACUCAACACCACGGUGUACAGAAAGGCGACUAACACGACUCAGAUUCUCAACUACCACAGUAACCACCCAAUGGCGCAUAAACGCAGCUGUGUUAGGACACUCUUCCAGAGGGUAAAAACGCACUGCAGUGAACCAGAGGGACGAGUACGAGAACUUCGGCAUCUUCGGGACCAACUGGCAAGGAAUGGAUACCCGAACAGCUUUGUCAGCCGCUGCCUCCGCACGCGCCCACGGCGAACAAACGGAGGAGAGCCGCCAACACUCUGGCACCCUCUGCCAUAUAUAAAGAACGUAUCCAAAGCGAUGGAACGUAUUGCUGGAGAGCUCGGUAUGGGUAUCGCUCACCGUCCGACAGCGACCAUGCGCAGCAAAAUCAUGCAAGUGAAGGAUCGCCUAGACGUGGGUGAACAAUCGGGCGUCGUCUAUCAGAUCCCAUGUCGGGACUGCCCUCGCCACUACACAGGACAAACCGGACGACGACUUAGCUCACGAAUAACGGAGCACAAACGCGCGGUCCGGAGAGGCGACCCGUUGUCUCAGAUCGCCACUCACACCCUGGAGGAAGGCCACGAAUUCAACUUUGCGAGCAUGCGGACAGUGGCGCGGGCCAGCAAUAAGACAUGA